AUGCUUAAUGCUCCCAUCAACAUUAAUCUGUCUGUUGAUUGUCCCACUGAUGCAAAUACCCUCUUGAGGUCCAUGCUCACACAUUAUCAUGAAUUGUUCCAUGGACAUCAGAUCAGUGCGAGCCACCUUCUCACUCAAACAUUAGUAUUCGAUAGCCAGCCAAAGGCCAUGAAUGAUCCACCCCCUGCUCUCCAUCAGCAGCACUGUUCAGUUUUUCUUAUGCAUCAGGAGGCCAUCAUGAGCCUGAUCAGGUUAGUAGAUGAAUCACAGAGGCACCUUUCCCAGGAGCUGGGCUCUUAUUGCGAGCACUUGGAUGCAAUAGUUGAUGACCAAUGGGCAAAGCUGAAGGGAGAGCAGGGCUUGCAGUCAUUUUCUGGGAGUCUGAACUUGAUGUCUGACUCAAGUUACUCCACUGACCUGCACAUUGGCUUCCUUGAUCAUCUCAAAACUGCAUCAGCACCUGUGUUGGCCUGUAUAACUGUUGUUGUCAUGCUUCACCUUCUGUCAAAUAUGCCACAAAAUGCAUCUAAUUUCCUGUUGGAUGCAGUUCAAUUAAUUGUGUUAUCUGCCUGUGAAUGGGCCAUGACAUCCCUUGGGGGAAACAUCCCACUCCCACUGUUUUGUGACUCCUUGCAAUUCCAGAGUUGGCCUCAGGACCUUUGGCUGGCUAUCCAUACCCUCAAUUUAGACCCAGAGCUCAAUAUCUAUGCUUGUUGCCCCAGCUGCUGUGCACUAUACUUGUACAAGUACCAGGCUCAGACCCUUGAUAUCCCAGAGCAGUGCACUGCCAGGCAGACAACUGGAAGCCCAAUCUGCAACACACCACUUUUGUAUUGUUCUUCAAGUUCUACAGGAGAUUCUGUGCCACACCAGACAUUCAAUUAUCAGCCACUCAAAAGCCAGCUUGCCUGUCCACUUUCACAACCAGGCAUUGAACAGUCCAUGGAAACCACCACAGCUGGCCAUCCUGAUUCAUUCAUCUCCCAACUGGUGUGCCCUUGGAAACAUGGACCUGUCUGUGAUGUUUGGGAUGGUGAGGCAUUCCAAUCCUUUAAGGGUCCUGAUGGGAAGCCCUGGUUAGAUGCUGUCUCUGGGGAAGCUCGACUUGUGUUUAGCCUAUUCAUUGACUGGUUCAAUCCCUAUGGAAAUCAAAUUUCUGGAAAGGCCAAAUCUGUUGGUGCCAUCUACAUGCACUUGCAAAAGCAGCUGGAUUUGCCAGUUAUAGCAGUUCUGAGGGAGGUCUGGGGAAUGAAUGCUGAGAAGAAGGCCAGUGCAGCUGCUCCCCCUCAUGACCCAGAGAGGCAGCAAGUUGAACUUCAGAGGGGUGUUGAUGCAAUCAAAGCCUUGUCUAGGACAGCACUCAGUCGUCUCUGCAGGGGAUACAUAGUUGCUCUUGCACAGGCAAAUAAUCUACAGCUCCCUCCAGCUUCUUCAGGAAAGAAAGACUAUGCAGAUGCCUUGAUUAAUUGGUAUAAACAUAACUCUAACAGUGAAAUCCAAGUCCCUGCUGUUUAUCCACAUCCUAUUGUUGAUCUUGCAGAAGCAUGGGCAAGGGGGAGUUCAAAGACCAUUGUAUUGGGUCAAGAAAUUCUAACAGAAGUAUGGGCUGACAUGGCAACUACCACUCUGCCAUCAUGGAUGACAAGGCCUCCUCACAACUUGGGUAGUCCUGGGCAUGGGAAACUCAAAGCAGAUCAGUGGAGAAGUGCAUGCCUUGUUCAUCUUGUUAUCACCCUUGUCUGCCUCUGGGGCCAUUUUCCUGUGGGAAGUCAGGAGAAAUCCAUGCUGGACAGCUACAUUGCACUUGUCAUUGCUGUCCAGUGGGCUACUAGGAGGUCAACAUCUGAUGACCAUGUGGAAAUUGUUAACCCCUACCUUCAUUACUACCUCACAUCAUUGGUGGAGUUUACACUCACCAGUGAUCUAGCAGCCUUGGCCAAACCUGCAAAUCUUGCAACCAAGCCAGGUCAUGUACUUGAUCCCUCUGUCAAUUACUGCAAGGAAAUUGAACUCCAUGGGGUCAAGUUUGUGGCAUCAGUAAAGCAGAGAAAAGGCAGCUCCAUUGUCCUUUUUGAAGUGCCUGAUUGUGACAAACCAAAGGCUGGCCAAAUUACUGGGCUCUUAUAUCAUUCUCACAUCAACCAAGGGACCUACAUUACAGAGUGCUUUGCAGAAGUCCUCCAGUUUUUGGAUCUUUCAUCUCUGGAAUAUAGUCAUGACCCAUACUGUCAAUACCCACUCCUGGAAGUGCAGUUAUACCACACCCAGACCUGUGUUAGGGUCAUCAAGGCAUCAGACAUUAUCUGUCAUGCUGCAGUCACACCUUUCAAGUCUCCACAAGUGCAGGAGGGUGCAUAUCAAGUUGUUCUAUCACUUAACAGGAACAUUAUAAUUUCUGAUGUAUUGGUAGGGGUCCAUCUGAUGUACUUCCACCAUAUGCUUGGACAGCCAGGUUGUGCCUCAGAUGAUGAUACUGUGGAUGAAAAUGACUGA